AUGAGACGGCUCUGCCUCUCCAUCGCCCUUCUCGUCCUCCUGGGCACCCUGGUGGCCUGCACCCCGGGGGGUAAACACAAGAGCCAUGCCAGAGAUUCUCAGCCUGCCUUCUGCCUGGAGCCUCAGUAUGCGGGUCCCUGCAGGGCCCAGAAGGUCAGGUACUUCUACAACGCCAAGUCCGGGCAGUGUGAGAUCUUUAUGUACGGCGGCUGCCGUGGGAAUAAGAACAACUUCUUGACGGCAGAGGACUGCAUGAAGACCUGCGGUGGUCAUAAAAAGAGGUGGACUCUUAGCACAGGUCCUGGCAUAAAGGAGACCGUCCAUAAUUAUUUGAGGAAGGAAGGAAUGAAUGCAGGAGCACAUUCCUCAUAUCCUCGACUCUCCCAGAAAUAUGCAACCACAGCCCACCCAGGACCAGAAUGA